GCAGUCUUCGGUCCCGCCCAGUAGUCUGGAUCCGGCCACGUGGUGGGCGGACCGGGGCGGUUCUGAACCUGAGACCUCGCUAGACCCUGAGUGUCGCCCAGAGUUCAGGGCGGGCGCUGAGGGGCGAGCGCGGACCCAAGACCAGCAGAGAGCGAGCUCACGGUGGCAGGGCAGCGCCAUGGCCAGCAAGGGUCGCGAGGGCGAGCACCCAUCCGUGACGCUCUUCCGUCAGUACCUGCGCAUCCGCACCGUCCAGCCCGAGCCCGACUAUGGGGCUGCCGUGGCCUUCCUUGAGGAGAGAGCCCGUCAGCUGGGCCUGGGCUGUCAGAAAGUGGAGGUGGCACCUGGCCAUGUGGUGACUGUGCUGACCUGGCCAGGCACCAACCCCAGACUCUCCUCUCUGUUGCUCAACUCCCACACAGAUGUGGUGCCUGUCUUCAAGGAACAUUGGAGUCAUGACCCCUUUGAAGCCUUCAAGGAUGCUGAUGGCUACAUCUAUGGCAGGGGUACCCAGGAUAUGAAGUGUGUCAGCAUCCAGUACCUGGAGGCUGUGAGGAGGCUGAAGGAUGAGGGCCACCAUUUCCCCAGAACCAUCCAUAUGACCUUUGUGCCAGAUGAGGAGACUGGGGGUCACCAAGGCAUGGAGCUGUUUGUAAAGCGGCCUGAGUUCCAGGCCCUGAGGGCUGGCUUUGCCCUGGAUGAGGGCCUGGCCAACCCCACUGACGCCUUCACCGUCUUUUACAGUGAGCGGAGUCCCUGGUGGGUGCAGGUCACAAGCACUGGGAAGCCAGGCCACGGCUCGCGCUUCAUUGAGGACACAGCAGCAGAGAAGCUGCACAAGGUUGUGAGCUCCAUCCUGGCUUUUCGGGAGAAGGAGAGGCAGAGGCUGCAGUCAAACCCUCAACUGAAGGAGGGGACUGUGACUUCUGUGAACCUGACGAAGAUAGAAGGCGGUGUGGCCUAUAAUGUGGUACCUGCCACUAUGAGCGCCAGCUUUGACUUCCGCGUGGCACCAGAUGUGGAUUUGAAGGCUUUCGAGGAGCAGCUGCAGGGCUGGUGCCAGGCAGCUGGUGAGGGCGUCACCUUGGAGUUCGCUCAGAAGUGGACAGACUUCCAAGUGACAUCUAUUGAUGACUCAGACCCCUGGUGGGCAGCAUUUAGUGGGGUCUGCAAGGACAUGAACCUCACUCUGGAGCCAGAGAUCUUCCCUGCUUCCACCGAUAGCCGCUAUCUUCGCGCAGCGGGGGUCCCAGCUCUGGGCUUCUCACCCAUGAACCGCACACCCGUGCUGCUCCACGACCAUGAUGAGCGGCUGCAUGAGGCCGUGUUCCUCCGCGGGAUUGACAUAUACACUCGGCUCCUGCCCGCCCUGGCCAGUGUGCCCGCCCUGCCCAGUGAUGGCUGAGCCCCACACUCCCUAACCUCCACCCUUGGCCAAUGCCAAGGACCCCUUUUCUCUCCUGCCCAACAAUAAAGUCUAUGUGGACAGGGUCA